AUGCUUCUCAAAGCCGCUGAGACUAGACAUACAGAUGUCGUUCGGCUAUUGAUACGUAGGUUCAAAGACUUUGGUCAAGUCUACAAGGACAAGCAGCCGCUUCUGAUAGAAGCUGUCAAGAAAGAAGACUUGGCCUUGAUAUCUUUGUUAAUCGAACAUGGCGCCAAGAUCAACUGGGAAGACCCGACAAGCACCACACCUCUGAUGUGUGCCGCCAAAACUGGAAACCUGGACAUCAUCAGAUUGCUCCUUGCCUCUGGUGCCGACGUCAACUUCGCAGAAACAAGUGACAACUCUCCUCUCUUCCAUGCAAUUAAUUCGGCCAACCUGGAAAUCGCAAAACUGUUUCUGGCUGAGGGAGCGGAC